GUUGUUUUAUUUUCAUUUCAUAAAUGUUUCAUAAAAUAUUUUCGUAGAGAAGGACAUGAAGAGUCACCAUAGGAUAGUGUACUAAUUGAGAAUAUAAAUGAUGGUGAGGGAAAGGAGCUGGAAAAAAGAGAAAAAGAAGACAAUUCUGACUAGCUUACCUACUGUUUCGCAGUUUAAACAUUAGGUGGCAAUAUUACACCGGUUGCCAUCACACCAGAAACAUUAGAAGAAGAAUAUUGUUUGAAAAAAUAAAAAGGUAGAAGAAGAAAUCCCAUCCGGAUCAUCUGAAAUCUGUCAGAAGAGUCAACCUUGACACUGGAUGUAUUUAAAAAAAUAUCUAUGAAUGUAACAUUCGUAGCGUUUACUCUCCUCUGACACCAGCGAUCUGGUGUUAGCCGACGAUGCCUCUCUUCCCUGCGAACCAGUCCCAGCUGAUUCGCUCCAGUCAAAAGGACGCAUUUUACCAAACCUUCCUAAGAAACAACGCAAACGAGACUUUUCAAACACUUGCUGGAUCUAAAAGAUGGCUUGACUGGAGGAAAGAGAUCGAACUGCUGUCAGACCUUGUCUACUAUGGUUUAACUACAUUGUCAGGUUACCAAACACUAGGUGAAGAGUAUGUCAGCAUUGUCCAAGUGGAUCCUACCAAACGACGGAUUCCCUCUCGUGUCAGACGAACGCUCUUUGUUCUCUGCCAUGCAUUCUUGCCUUACCUCCUUGACAAAUUCCUGGUAUGCCUUGAAAAUGAGUUAGAAAGAGAGCAAGAGGGCAUUAGCAGUGUUAGACGAAGACGACACGAGGCGUCUACGACCUGUAGUCUGGAGUCCUGGCUGAGGAGGUGGAUUCAGAGAGCAGUGGGUUUGCUGUCAGAGUCCCAAAGGAGAGCCUGUCUCCCUGCUACAUUUGUCCUUCAUCAGGGUCUGACUCUUCUGCACCGAUUUCAUGUGGCCCUGUUCUACAUCAGUGGAUCUUUCUAUCAUCUGUCCAGAAGGAUGGCUGGAAUCAGCUAUCUGCGUGUGAUGGGUCCAGACAGCGUUGACGGGACCAUCAGGAACAGCUACAAGCUGCUGGGAGCUGUGUCCCUGCUUCAGCUGCUCAUCACUGUCAGUCUGCAGCUCAACAACCUCAGACAAAGACAGAGAGCCAGGAAGGAGUGGAAACUCUACAGAAAUCUUAGUCCUCAGCGCAGCGACAGCUCGAGUCCCAGAGUCGCCCGCUGUAUUCUGUGUCUGGAGGAGAGAAGACACUCGACCUCCACCCCCUGUGGACACCUCUUCUGCUGGGAGUGCAUCACUGAGUGGUGCAACACCAAGGCAGAGUGCCCUCUGUGUCGGGAGAAGUUCCAACCUCAAAGACUGAUUUAUCUGAGGAACUACAGAUAGUAGAACAUGUUCUUGGGACACAGACGCAGGCACGCAAAAUCAUGCACAGCUACCUCUCAGGAUCAUAGGACACAACUUUGUUUGUCGUUAUGUUGUAAUUAAAUUAUUUUGUUUUCUAUCUAGGUAUUUAAUUACUUGUGCUUAAUACAAAUCUGUUAAUUAAAAAUUACUACAUUA